AUGAGAUCUAUAUUGGGAGCCACAAAUGACUUGUCACAAGCAUUACAAAGGAAAGAUCAAGACAUUGGGAAUGCAAUGACUUUAGUCAAAGUUUGCAAGGACCAACUACAACACAUGAGAGAGAAUGCAUUUGAAGCCUUGCUUGAUCAAGUAUCUUCCUUUUGUGUCAAACAUGAUAUCUUGGUUCCAAACAUGGAUGAUGCAUAUGUAGCUCAAUGGAGAUCACAUCGAAGAGCUCCUAGAAUAACACACCUCCAUCAUUCGUGUGGACAUCUUUAUUCAAAUCAUUGA